AUGAAACCAUGGUCUCCUGAUAUAGAUGUUAUGAAGGAUGAGGUUAAAACUAUACCCAUGUGGAUCAAAUUACCUGGUCUAGACCUGAAAUACUGGGGUGUAAAAGCAUUGACUAAAAUAUGUAGUGGAGUUGGAAAAUUUAUCAAACCUGAUAACUCCACACUCAACAAGGACAAGUUGCAGUUUGCCCGCAUUCUAAUUGAAACUGACUUGGAUGCCCCCUUGCCUGACACUAUUACCUUCAUUAAUGAAAAAGGAUGCACUAUUAAUCAGGUAGUGCAAUAUGAUUGGAAGCCUGUUCUUUGUACCUUGUGCAAAAGGUUUGGGCAUGAAGGGAAAAAUUGUAAGAGAGGGGCAACAGCCACUGUUAAACGUUGGGUUCCAAAAGUCAAACAAACCCAGCCUUUGAUACAAACACAGCAACAGAUUCAGCAGGCCACGCAGCAACAGAAUGACAAACAACAAGAGCAUGAGGGAUUUACUGCUAUAAAGCGAAAAGCCUCAUCACCACAGAAACCGACCUGUCCUGCGGCUGAGGAUAAAUUGUCUGUGACCAACAAAUUUGACAUAUUGACAGGGGAAAAUACAGGGGAGCCAGAAACAAAGGAUGGCAAUACCAUGCCAUUCGAGAUACAGCUGCUGCCCACUCCAAACCAUGGUGUGUAGGUGGAGAUUUCAAUGCUAUCAUGCAUUAUGAUGAUAGAACUGGCUCAAUUGUGCGAGAAAAAGACAUUCGUCCGAUGGCUAAUUGUAUGCAUCAAUGCAGACUUCAUGAUGUCAAGAGUAUAGGGAGAUUUUAUACUUGGAAUAACAAGCAGGAUGGGUGCAACAGAAUCUUAUCGAAGAUUGAUAGAUUCUUAAGCAAUCAACUUUGGGAGACCACAUUCCAAGAGGCUAUCGUUCACUUCUGCCCAGAAGGGGAUUUUGACCAUAGCCCUAUGGUGAUCACCACAGUGAAAGUGCACCAUGGCCAUAAGC